UCAGCUGGCGGGGUCGGCCGUCAUCGCCUUUGGACUCUGGUUUCGGUUCGGAGGCACCAUGAAGGAUUUCUCAUCAGGGGACAGGUCCCCAGAGUACUUCUACUUGGGGCUCUACGUGCUGGUGGGAGCAGGGGCCCUGAUGAUGGCCGUGGGCUUCUUCGGGUGCUGCGGAGCCAUGCGCGAGUCACAGUGUGUGCUCGGAUCUUUUUUCACCUGCCUGCUGGUGAUAUUUGCUGCUGAAGUAACCACUGGAGUGUUUGCUUUCAUAGGCAAGGAUAUAGCUAUCCGACAUGUUCAGACCAUGUAUGAAGAGGCUUAUAACGAUUACCUUAAAGACAGGGGAAGGGGAAACGGGACUCUCAUUACCUUCCACUCAGCAUUUCAGUGCUGCGGAAAAGAAAGUUCUGAACAGGUCCAACCCACAUGCCCAAAGGAGCUUCUGGGACACAAGAACUGCAUUGAUGAAAUUGAGACCAUAAUCAGUGUUAAGCUCCAGCUCAUUGGAAUUGUCGGUAUUGGAAUUGCAGGUCUCACGAUCUUCGGCAUGAUAUUCAGCAUGGUCCUUUGUUGCGCGAUACGAAACUCACGAGAUGUGAUAUGAAGCUACUUCUACGUGAAAAUGUCAAUCUAGAGCUUUCAUAUAAAUGUCACAGGAGCUGUCUCCUGGCUCAUUUUUAAUAUUCAAAGGACAUUAGGAUCUAAAAUAAUUUGCUGUCGAUUGUACAUUUGCACAUGUAUGUAUGCUUGGCUCGUACUGAUUUACCCCUCGAAUGAAUGCCUAUGUAUGUUGACUGAGAGCAUGUUCGUGUGUGACCUAUGUGCUUCCGGUAUAUGCAUUAUACAGAAUGAAAUCAGUUUGCUGGGAA